GCCGUGAGUAUCGUGUUUGCGCAUGCGCCAAAGUGUGCCAUUGCCAUGCGCAGUGGAGUUGUCAAAAUAAGUUCCGUUAUGUCUUCUCCUUCUGUCAGAAGUGGAUCCUCCGUUUCGCGUUGUUAAAUCUUUGCUUAUUGAUAAAUAGCGAGUGAUUGAACCGUAUAUUGUGAAUUAUUUGAAAUAGUAAUGAAUCGGUUUGUUAGUGAAUGUGUUAAUUCCAACGUUAGUGCAGUGGGAUAAGUUUUACUGGUGGUGUUGUCAAAUCCGAUUCUCAAAGGAUUAUUCUGACAUAUGUGUUGAAAGUUCCUCUUUUUAUAUUCGACCAUGACAAGUUCGCCCCCCGUAGUGUCUAGCUCCGCCGCUAGUUCUGUAUUCCCUCCCAAUGUAAGUUCCCCCUCCCCCACACCCUCCACCACGCCUUGGCCUACCUACCCUCAUGCGGAACCUAUCUUCCUCCAGACGAGGCUCGCACAAGGCAUUGCCGGAGCCUUUGUAUGGGUAGCACUCUUCCUCACAUGCCAACAGAUAUACAGACAUCUGCGUUGGUACACCAACCCUUCGGAGCAGAGAUGGAUCAUCAGGAUUCUCUUCAUUGUCCCCAUCUACGGCCUGCACUCGUGGGUCAGUUUGUUGUUCUUCAACAGCGAGAGUUACUACGUUUACUUCUUCACUGUACGAGACUGCUAUGAAGCUUUUGUGAUCUACAACUUCCUCAGUCUGUGCUACGAGUAUCUCGGAGGAGAAGGCAAUAUUAUGAGCGAGAUACGAGGCAAGCCAAUCAGGUCCAACUGCGUGUAUGGAACGUGUUGUCUGGGAGGUAAGACCUACACCAUCGGGUUCCUCAGGUUCUGCAAGCAAGCCACUCUUCAGUUCUGUCUGGUCAAGCCGGUCAUGGCGUUUGUCAUCAUUGUACUGCAGUCCUUCGGGCACUACCACGACGGUGAUUGGAGCUUGGACGGUGGCUACCUCUAUGUCACCAUCAUAUACAACUUCUCCGUCAGUCUGGCUCUGUAUGGUCUCUACCUCUUCUAUUUCGCAACUCGAGAACUGCUAACCCCGUUUGAACCUGUGCUCAAGUUCUGCACCAUCAAGUCGGUCAUCUUCCUCUCUUUUUGGCAAGGUACACUAUUGGCUGUGCUAGAGAAGGCUGGUGUGAUAGAGCCAGUGGUGGACAGCUACGGGACCCCAACCAGUGCUGGUACUGUGUCUGCCGGCUACCAGAACUUCCUCAUCUGUAUUGAGAUGCUGUUUGCUGCCCUCGCACUCCGAGCUGCUUUCCCCUACAGGGUGUAUGCCACAGGCUGCAUCACUGAUGCUUCUGGCCGCAGUGUCACCAUGCAGAGCAUCUCCUCCAGCUUGAAGGAGACGAUGAAUCCAAAAGACAUAAUGACGGAUGCCAUCCAUAACUUCCACCCUCAAUACCAGCAGUAUACGCAAUACAGCUCUGAAGUCGGAUCUUCCACCAAUCAGCCUUAUGACAAAUUGUGAACUGCGUAGUUGGCGCACCUGCUCCCUGUGUGCUGCGUAGUGGCACCCCUGUCUUGCUGCAUGACUGUGAUCGUUGCGUUGGCAUGCAAUUAUUGCUCUUUCCUCGCAUGUUACGACGUUCAAUUCAGUGUAUUUUGCCCCGUUUCAAACCUGGUUGGUAUGAUUGGAAGGAUAGCAUAUCACAUUUCUGCUCGAGAGUAAACUUAGUAUUGAAUUUACAGUAUUUAUAUUUUUCAAUCGUACAAUAAAGUAGUUGUGCAGUUUAAAAUUGCUAUACAAUCAAAAUGUUACUGUUUAGCCUUGUCACAUUUUAUUGUAAGUAUUGUAUUAGCUUAGUCUUAUGAUAAGUCCGACUAACUAUUGAGUUAUAUCAGUAUUUAGCAGAGUAUUCUCCUAUAAUAGGAAAAAGAACAAUAUCCUUUAGAAAUAACAUACUAUCUUUAAACAUAAAAAAAAUCGUUGCUUGAAUCUUGAAGCAGAAUUAUUUCUACCAACCAGAUUUGAUAUAUUUCUUAGUUUCAAUUUACUUAUAUCAUCCAAGUGCCUUAUUUUGUGUAAAUUUGUUAACAUUAUUGGCCUCAUUUCAUCAUACAUCUUAUUAUUUUUUGUACCCAUUACAUACAUUUUUAUUGUUCCUGUUAACCAUUGGCUUUAAAUAGGGCUUUGUUGUUGUCCUCGAUAAAAUAUGCAUUAACAUAAGGAUAAUUUAUUUUGAUUGCUUUAAAAACUGUAUUUUUUUGUUGUUGACUUGGCAAAUAAAACCUAUUGCUGUAACUUAGGGAAUUAAAAUAUAACUAAAAGUUUGAAUAGAAGGUUUUUUAAAGUAGAUAAAUUUUACUUAAAAACUAAAUUUGAAAGUUUUUCUGAAUUUUAUUUAGAAACUAAACUAGCUGAAUCACUCAUUUUUCAAUGUAGGCCUAAUUUAAGCAGUUUAAUUUUGUUUAGUUGUUUAAGUACAUUAAAUGUUUAAAGUAACUGUAAUCUUGCUAAACAUAUAAAACGGCUUUAAAUCAAAUGCACGAACAAACUUAAUAUUCAGUGUCUAGGUUAUUUUUUUAUAUUUGUGAUAUGUUUUAAUUCGUGAAUGCUUUGUAUAUUGCGAUUCAUGGGAUAUCUGUUGCAAUACAUUCUUAGCAUAAGUUAAAAACACAUUCCAUGUGUAGGAUUUUAUGUCGUUUAACAUAGUAUUUUGUUCUAAGAUAUUGUAAUUUUUGUAACGAGUUGUGUAUUUAUUUAGAUUUAUAGGUUAAAUAUAGCUAAUUGGAUGUAA